AUGUCUGCGAGUGGCAAUCGACCUGCUUCUGUCUCACCGCCGCCUCGACCACGAACAAGUACACAAUGGCAAACAACAACAGCACCUCCUCCUGCUCAACCGUUGUCACCGCAACCACCACAACCACCGCUUGCCAAUUCUCGACAACAACACGCAACCAAUACAACCACUGCCAAUGGCGACAACGACAUUAGUCUCAGGCAAAUCUUGGAACGGUACAAGGAUGAUCCCGAGCUACUAAAGCAUAUCUUAAAAGCAAAGGUUGAAGAAGACAAGAAGCAAACAACGGUUGAUACCAUCAAAGUGGAACAAGCCCGUAUUCAUUUGAGAGAGCUUGAUAUUGAGCUGUUACGUGAGCAGAAUAAGAUCACGUCUGGUUACUAUGACAAGCAGCAUCCACAGCAACAUCUACCAGCACUACCAUCAUCCACAUCGCUUCAUCCACCAACAACAGCAGCGCCGACAGGGAUUGGAAAUAGCAGCAGCAGUAGCAGUAAUGGCAGCAGCGGAUACGCAUUAGCGGCACCUUGUAAUGAAUCAACUGCUGGUACUCCUUAUUACGGCUUAGCACCGGUACAACAACAGGUACUUGCUCGCAUUACAGGCGAAAGUGCAAACAGCAAUCACUAUUCACACAACAAUAACACCCAUGCUGGCAACAAUCAUCAUUCAUAUCAGCAGCAUCCGGUUAUAGAGAAUGGACAUGCAACGGAAUCAUCUACGCUUCCUCCUCCUGCUCCUCCUCGAUCACCUGUUGCCUAUCCUCACUCGGCUCAUCCAUUGUGUCCUCCUUCUGAACCACAUCCUUAUCGCAACAAUUCUUCUUCUUCUUCUUCUUCAACGUGGAAUUAUCGACAACGCUUUUACCCUCGUAACAAUGCUCAUCAGCCUACUACACCUAUAUCACCGGGGAUUGGGGAUACUAGGGAUCAUCCACCAUCAUUGCCAGUACCAUCACAUCAGCAACAACAACAUCAUCAUCAAGAUAUCCAAAAGAAACGUGGAAGAUCGUCAACGAAUAAUGAUGGAGGAGAAAAUGAAAGUAUAACACAUGAUCAAGUGAUGGAAGCAUUGAAGGCAAAGAUUCAACGUGGCAACAAUGACAGAAGCAAACGUGCACGUAUCCCAUCUCCUCGAUCCAGCAAACCUAUCUUGCCACCUAUUGACACAAGUGUGGGUCGUAUCCCAUCAUCAUCAUCAUCCAUCCCUUCCGUCACGGCCACUGCACCAUUACCAUCUACCACUUCACCUACCAACACCACCACCAACACUUCUACUACUACCGAUCAAGAUUCAAAACAACAACAAUCCACUCGUCCCACUACAUCUGAUACCUCAUCUUCAUCCACUGCAGCCACAGAACCCACAUCCACCAAGUCAUGA